CUCUCCGAGCCCCGAGCCCGACCCAAAAAAACUUGUCGCCUGUCCGUUUCAGCACUACAGCCCGCCUGUUUCUGUCUUAAGCGCCUUCCAGCUGUGACGAGAAGAAAUUACGAGAAUCCCCGCCUGACGCUCCCGAGUUUCAACGGAGCAUUCAUUCACUUCCACUUUUUCCGUGUGUCGGCUACCUGCCUCAAGCGGCGGCAUACCAAGUAACACUACUCUGAUCUCCGUAGCAUCAUGAGCGCCACCGUCGUUCAGUAUCCCGUAGAGCCUCGCGUGACUCGGUCACGACUCGCUGACGAAGUCUCAGCUGCCAAGAAGCGCAGCGGUGCCCACGUGCGCGCGCCGUCGGAGCGCAUCGCGUUGGUGCUCGACAUGGACGAGUGUCUCGUACACAGCAAGUUCCAGAACGAGGUCGAGUACCGCCAGAGUGAAUACCGCCCGGAGCAAUUAGAGGAGUACAGCGACUCGUUUGAGAUCGUUAUGGAUGAUGGCGAGCGCGCAAUAGUCAACAAGCGACCAGGCCUUGACCGCUUUCUAGAGGAAGCCGCUAAGCACUAUGACGUGUACGUUUUCACUGCCGGCCUAGAGGCCUACGGCAAGCCCAUCCUAGACGCCCUCGACCCCAAGGGCAACCUGUUUGCAGGCCGAUUCUUUCGCGAGUCGUGUCAACAACGCAAAGGCAUGUUUCUCAAAGACUUAAACGUGGUGCGCGGCGGCGAUCUGUCUCGUGUUAUCCUCGUCGAUAACAACCCCGUGUCAUUCCUCAUGCAGCCCAGUAACGGUAUUCCUGUGCCGAGCUUCUAUGACGACGCCAACGACCGGACACUCGAGUCAUUGAGCAAAGUGCUGGCCAGUCUGCAGGAUGUUGAGGACGUACGCCCGCGACUGCACCAGCUUUUCCGUCUUGCGGACCUGCUGGCCGAGCACCAGCGCGUGAUCCUGGGUUGAUAAAGU